ACAAAUAACAAGGGGAUGGAGAGAGCAGGAAAACGAAACUAGGCAGAAGACAGCAGCUGCACAUAAAACCAAAGUGAUGUUUUGAGUAGUUGCACAAUACAAAGAGGGGAGGGCUGAGCACCCAGGGAAAGGCGUUGCCAAUGCCAUUAGGAUUUGACCUGAAGCUGCAAAACACUGACAGGACUGGAGAGACAAGUGGGCUGGCUAUAGGAGGAAACCUUGCAGGGAUAGGAGAGGAAGAAUCGGCUUCAGCUAUAGAUUAUAUUAGCAGAGCACGGCAGCAUUUGCUAACUUGCAUAUAAUAAUAAAAGGGAAAGGAAAGAGUGAGACUGGAUUUGUAUUAACAGGCAAGAGGCCAAUUUAGGCUCAGAUUUGAAGAGCUGUUACAGUUUGCAGAAAGGGAGAAAUAGAUAGCAAGACAAGUCCAGUAUACAAGUGUAUUUAUAGACCGCAGUUUUUCUUAUGUGCUAGCUGCUUUGUGGCCUGAGCUGCCUGUUUAGUCAUUGGCUGCACACUAAGUGCACACAGCGGCUGGCAAAGUGGGCACUAUGGCGAGGCUGGCAGUAUAUGCGACGGGUACCCUCUCUUUACUGUUGCUCAUCGUCAGCAUCGCCUUGCUGGUGGCUCACACCUUUAUGAACACAGUGGAGAGAAAAGUCAAGGAGGCUACCAUAUUGAAAAAUGGAACAGAAGUGUUUGAGGCCUGGGUUAAUCCGCCACCACCUAUUUACAUGCAGUUCUACUUUUUUAAUGUAACCAACCCAUUGGAGAUAUUGUCUGGAGAGACCCCAGUGGUAGAUGAAAUUGGGCCCUACACUUACAGGGAAUAUCGACCUAAAGAAGAUAUUGUAUUUCUUAACAAUGGGACAGAAGUGUCUGCCGUUACACCAAAAACAUAUGUGUUUGAGCGCAAUUUAUCUGUGGGAGAUCCUCAAAUUGACUUAAUCCGAACAGUAAAUAUUCCUGUUGUGACACUGCUGGAAAUGUUUAAAAACAAUAAAGUAUUAAAACCAAUUAUUGAAGGAACUCUAAAGACCUACAAUGAAGGAGUGUUCAUUACACGCUCAGUCCAUGAGUUGCUCUGGGGCUACAGAGAUCCGGUUCUGGCUGUUGUUCACAACUUUAUAAAGAACGUCAGUGACACGUUUGGUUUAUUUUAUAAGAUGAAUACAACAAAUGACGGUGACUAUGUGUUUGGCAGUGGGUCUGCAAACUACAUGGAAUUUACUCAGAUAGUGAAGUGGAAUGGAAAAAAAAAUCUUGACUGGUGGACUUCAAAUAGCUGCAAUAUGAUAAAUGGAACAGACGGAACUACUUUUCACCCACUUAUAAACAAGGAUGACAUACUCUACUUUUAUUCUUCAGAUUUAUGCAGAUCCCUGUAUGCUGUUUAUGAACACAGUGAGAUUGUUAAGGAUAUCCAAGCCUUUCGCUUUUCUAUACCAGCUGAUGUAUUUGCCAACGUAUCUAUCAAUCCUGAUAAUGCAGGUUUUUGUGUCCCUGCAGGAAACUGUCUUCCAUCUGGUCUUCUGAAUGUCAGCGCCUGUAAACAAGGUGCACCUAUUAUUCUGUCUUCUCCUCACUUUUACCAAGCUGAUGAAUCAAUUGUUAAAAGCAUAGUAGGCAUGAAUCCAAAGAAAGAAGAUCACGAAACGUUCCUGGAUAUCAGUCCGCUCACUGGGACAUUAAUACAAGCUGCCAAACGAAUACAGAUCAAUGUAUAUAUCAGAAAGAUUGAAAACUUCAAAACUACUGAAAAUCUAAAGACCCUGUUCUUUCCUGUGAUGUACCUUAAUGAGAGCAUGGUCAUUGAUGAUGACUCUGCUAAAAAACUCAGGUCGAUACUUCUGACGGGCAGAGUAGUGGCCAACGUUCCUUUCAUGAUUAUGGCCCUAGGAAUUAUAUUGGGCAUAAUAUUUAUUGUACUGAUUUGCCGCACAAAUAAAACCAGGGAAGAUGGGUCAGAAGAAGAAAGAGGCCCUCUUAUAAGAACAUCUUAACUAGUAAUUUAAUCCAUAGACAUAAUAACUAUGCAAACUAAUUAAUAAAACAAAGAUCAUAACUACAAGAAGCAAGAAGAGUUGUUGCUGUCUUUGAAACUGUAGUCAGUUGUAUUCUUCAUGUUCCUGUUGUACAGCAAACAACAUCUGACAUUACAUUAUAAAGAAUUGUGUACCAGAAGCACAGUUUUACUAACUGGGAUGACCCAUAAUGUGUUCACUUUCUGAUUUUAGUGUUUUUUUUUUGUUUUUUUUAAUAUAAUAAUAAUACACUUACAGUUAAGUCUGUUGUUUUGUGUAGAGAACAAUGUAGUUGUGUUAAAUAAAAAUACUACACUUACAAAAUCAUUGCUUGUACAUAUAGUAGGACAAUGUCUACUCUGGUCUAAAGUUACUAUAAUUCUUGUUGGAGCUAUUAUUGGGACAUAACACAUACUGGUUUUCUGCAGAUUUUUUUUUUUUAAUAUUAAUUAACCCUUUGAGUGCUAAUGACAACGCUGAGCCGUCACAGAGUUUCCCACUCUGGUGCUAAUGACGGCUCAGAGCCGCCACUAGCACUCUCCCACCUUGAGGGAGAUCUGGGGGGUGCCAACCGGUCCUACCCCGGCGAUAGUGCCUGUAGAGUGACAGGCAUCACCGGGGCAUCACGUUUUGCGUGGUGACGUCACGCGCAAAGACGUGAUGUCGUCCUUGCGCAACUUUAUUAACAAUUUGUCAAUACAAAGUAUAGGGAAAAGGGGCAUGCUGCUUAGAAGCCUGUAUCUCAGGCAUCUAAGCAGCUACAGACCCCCAAGACCCACAAUUGGAAAGGCAAUCACCUAACAUUUCCAACAGUGUAAGUCUGAAAACAUUAAAACUUUUUUUUUCACAAAAUAAAAAAAUCAAUUAAAUCAGCUUAGCACCCAGGUGGGAAAGUGCUUAGCACUCAAAGGGUUAAAACGGACCUGAAACCCAAAAAUGUUCUUUCAUGAUUCAUAUAGAGCAUACAAAUUUAAGCAACUUUCCAAUUUACUUCUAUUAUCAAUGUUGCUUCAUUCCUUUUGGUACCUUUCUUGAAGGAGCAGCAAUGCACUACUGGUUGUUGGUUGAACACAUCAGUAAGCCAAUCACUAGAGGCAUAUAUGUGCAGCCACCCAUCAGAAGCUAGCUCCCAGGUCCUGAGCCUACCUAGGUAUGCUUUUCAACAAGAGAACAAAGAAAAUUAAAUAAAUAAGUACAUUGGAAAGUUGUGUAAAAUUGUAUGCUCUGCCUGAAUCAUGAAAGAAAACAUUUUGGGUUUCAUGCCCCUUUAACUCCAAUUCAAAGUUGUAGUCAUAAAAUGACUGACCGACUUGUUUCUUUGUUUACACGUGUACAGGUUUCUUACUGUGUUAGAGUGGAAAAAAUAUUAAAGGGACACUGAACCCAAUUUUUUUUCUUUCGUGAUUCAAAUAGAGCAUACAAUUUUAAGUAACUUUCUAAUUUACUCCUAUUAUCAAUUUUUCUUCGUUCACUUGCUAUCUUUAUUUGAAAAAGAAGGCAUCUAAGCUUCUUUUUUGGUUCAGCACUUUUUUUUAUUGGUGGAUGAAUUUAUCCACCAAUCAGCAAGAAUAACCUAGGUUAUUCACCAAAAAUGGGCCGGCAUCUAAACUUACAUUCUUGCAUUUCAAAUAAAGAUACCAAGAGAGUGAAGAAAAUUUGAUAAUAGGAGUAAAUUAGAAAGUUGCUUAAAAUUGCAUGCUCUGUCUGAAUCACGAAAUUUAUUUUUUUAGUUUAGUGUCCCUUUAAAGCAGUGCUAUAAGAUUAAACAAAAGAUAAUUGAGUUUUAUUAAACAAAUAUUGUGUGCUGUAUAUGAUCUGUAUGUUUCAGUAUCUGAUCUGAUUUCUUUUUAAAAAAAAGAAGAAAGGGAAAAGACAUUAAAUUCAAAAUUGUUCCAUCAUACAUAUGAAGGAGCACCAAUUCAGUUAAUUAAUGUUAAAAAUAUGGUUGCAUUAAAAAAGGAUGAGUUAAAGAAAUAAGAGAUGCAUGUCUGUGCACAAACAACACAACUGGGGAUUAAUUGCUCAUUGGCUCAGUUUUUUUGACUGCCAGUUACAAUCCCUCACAAGCAUGAAAUCAAUUUUUUUUUUUUAAAGGAACAAAACACAUUGAAAUAAGUAUUUUAACCCCUUAACAACCGGAACGUACCAUGUACGUCACUGGUCGUUAAGGGUUUCCUUGUUUAUAAUAGCGCGACCGUGCUAUUAUACCCUCCGUCCUUCCUGCUGGUCACCGGAAAUAGCCCGGUCUCACUGCUGGUGACGAGACCGCGCUAUUAAAAGCGCAAUCCCCAUAGAAAGACCAGGCACGUUGCUGGUCCUUAAGGGGUUAAAAUACCCACUUUUAAAAUCAACAAAGACAAAAAUGACUUUCGAAUUCCUCUAAUUAAAGUCUCUUUCGUAGGUAUGACAGAACAUUUUUGUAUCCAGUGUCUAUUUCAAUGCACAGGAAUGCCUCAGUAAUGAGUGCCCUUCCUGCUGGUGGCAGAUGUGAAAGUGGAUGACUGUGUGCAAUGUUAUAUUUUGUAAUAAAUUAAAGCAGUAGUCAUCAUUGCCUAUCACCUAUCUGUCAUGGUCACUAAGAACUCUGCACAUACCCAAUGCACUAAGUGGCCAUGUUUGAUUAAGUGUCAGAGCAUACUGGCACUUUCCCUUAUCCAAGAUGGUUGCUGAGCAUUUUGCACAUGGUGAGGACGAUUGGGCACUGAUAGAGACAAGUAGCAGGCAGUGUUCUCCUUUCUUUGCAUGGGGCUGCUGCAAUUUGUAAAUCAAAAAAGGGAAUUUCAUACCAAACUGGGACAUUUCUGUGGUUUCUGAGAUAGCUGUGUACAUGUAUUAUUUUGCUUUGUUUUUCAUGUAUAAUUCAACUUUGUGAGAAACGUAUAGAUAGAUUAUAAAUAUUUCAGUAUGAUUAAAUGGGAAUUGAUCAAAUUGGCUUUGCAUUAAAUACAUAUAGUUUUUAGUAGGCUUUUUUGACCGCAAAAAGUGCAUUAGCGUAAACACUGAAUACUGUAUUAUAUCUAAUGUUUUUAUUAUCAUGUUAUGUCUUUUAUACAGUUGUUUUCACCAUUAACACACGGAAACAAAGUAAUUCUAGAACAAUCACUGAAUUUGUAUUAAUGUGUAAGAGAUUUUGGUGAAUUAGACACAAAUGAGAACAAUGCAUUAUUUACAUACACAUCUGCACACGUAUGUACAACUUAUGCACAGUUUUAUGCACUUAUAUGCGGUUGUCAACAGGCAGCAGAUCAGCAGCGCUAGAUGUUUGCUCAUGCGCGGUAAAGUCCUCCACUAGCACUACGUAAAACCACCUGCAAAUUGUGAAACGGCUUAAAGGGACAUUGAUAGAGCAUACCAUUUUAAACCACUUCCAUUAUCAAAUUGGCUUCAUUCUCUUGAUAUCCUUUGUUGAAGUAGCAGGAAUGCACUACUGGGAGCUAGCUGCAAAACAUUAGGUGAGUCAAUGAUAAGAGGCAUAAAUGUGCAGUCACCAAUCAGCAGUUAGUUCCCAGCAGAACAUUGUUGUUCCUGUGCCUACCUAGGUAUGCUUUUCAAAAUAGGAUACAAAGAGAACAAAGGACAUUUGAUAAAAGAAGUAAAUAGGAAAGUUGUUUAAAAUUGCAUGCUCUAUCUGAAUUAUAAAAGUAAAAUUUGAACUUUAGGGCCCAUAAUAAAAUAAUAUUUGUCCCCAGGCUACAAAUGGUAUUAAAUAGAUUUGCAACCCACUUCAUAUUAUGUGUCUUUCAUUUAAACAGCAAAUGCACUAUAAAGCCAGAUAUUCUAUUGAUAGGAGAUGACGUCUUUCACAGGUUACAGGUGACUUUUACACUAGUACCUCCAUACAGGUGUAAAACACUGCAAAGACAUCCAUCUGGUAUCUAAACCUAAUACUACAGACUCCAGAUAAUGUCUCUGUAAAAGAAUCAAUGUCUCUCACUAAACUAGUUAUUUAAAGGGAUAAAAAAACGUCUGUUUCAUUGUUGUAAUCAAAAAACUCUAAGCAGUGGAAUAUGUAUUCAUCUUUUUAAAAUGAGUUUACCUUUUAUUUUAAUUAUUUUUUAACGUAAAGGGAUACUAAACCCGAUUUUUUUUUUAAUGAUUCAGAUAGAGCAUGCAACUUUAAGCAACUUUCUAAUUUACUCCUAUAAACAAAUUUUCUUUGUUCUCUUGCUAUCUUUAUUUUUUUUUUAAAAAGCAGGAAUGUAAAGCUUAGGAGCCGGCAGAUUUUUGGUUCAGAACCUGGGUUACGCUUGCUUAUUGGUGGCUAAAUGUAGCCACCAAUAAGCAAGCACUAUCCAGGGUUCUGAACCUAAAAUGGGAUGACUCUUGAGCUCUUGGAGUAAACUAAAAGUUGCUUAAAAAUGCAUGAACUAUCUGAAUCAUGAAAGAAAAUGCGGAAUCUUUUGGCGCUCUACAAAUACCUGAUAAUAAUAAUAAUAAUAAUUUGUGUUUAGUAUCCCUUUAAUUUGCGCAGGGUCCAUUACUUUCUGUGAGAGCCCUACAAGGGGGCUGUGGUCUCUAUAGGAAGACAAAGAGACAUCUAAUCUUCCUGCCCAUGCUCCUUAGAGGAAAUUUGCUGCAAAAAUCAUGUGACAAUAGAACUCGAGUUGUAUAAUCUCUGCUCUCUGAUUUAGCUGUAAGCAGUGACUACACUGAGAAUUUUGAAGUGCUCAUUUACCAAGAAAACAAGUUCUUUGCUGGGGGUUUUUAACAUAAUCUACUUUUUAUGUUUACUUUGAUUUAACAUAUUUUUUUCUACUAAAUAAGCACUGUUUUAUAUCCCUUUAACACAAGCUGCCAGGAACACUAGCCUUCCUUGUCAAGGUCCAAUUGAUCAAAAACACUGAAUUGAACCAUAGCCCAGUACAUGAAAGGCACACACAACUUCAUUAGAUUUACUACCCUUGCUGCAGAAAUGCCAUAAAAUUGCAGAGCACUAAUUUAAAAAUAACCCACACAAAAAUACUUAAGUUUUAAGACCUCCAUACAUAUAUGUUAUGAUGUUUUAUAAGAAAAGAAUGACAUUACCUAGUAGCCCCUUUAAUGCAAGAGAAGCCCACUAUGUAAUUGUCCAGGGACCGUCAAUUGUAUAAAGCUGACCUUGUAACACAAAAUGUAUAAUGAUUGGGCAGUAAUAUGUUAUUAAUAUUAUUUAUUUAGUAUAUAAAAAAUCUUAUAAAUAUUCUUCACAAUACAUUAUUCUUUAUUGUCUCAUAUCUGAUAUAGAAGCCAGUUGUCUAUUGUUUUAUGGAAGUCUGAUUUUUUUUGUCUGUGCUUUUUCUUCCUUCUUAAUUUUAAUCCGUGAUUUAUAUGAUGUAUUGUAGGUAUUAUUUUUGUUGGGUUUUGUAAUUUCUUAAUCACUGUUUUCAGUCGGGCCAAUGUUUAGAUUUUUUUUUUCUUUUUAACAAUAAAACAUGGUAUUGUUAUAGACUUACUGGAAACAAAAAAAUAAGUGACUAAAAAAAUAAAAUAUGACUGUCAGGUUGGUUCACAAAUAAAGUUUUGAAGCUUG